AUGGCUGGUAGGGACCUCCCCGGUCGAUCGACUGACUACCGCGAUCGACCGACCGACCGAUAUCGCUGUCCGCCGCGCGACACAAGAGACACAGAUCAUGAUGUUAGGAGAAAUGAAAGGAGGGAGACCGACAGAUUCAUCCCCAGAAAUCAUGGUAGGAUAAUAGGCCCUGUCAACGGAAGUGACCAAGGCGUGGCUGAUUCGCGGCAAGUAGGACAAAAAACAUCAUCAUCGUCAACACCAGGCGGGAGGAGCGCCUCCAGAUGCGAUUUCCAAGUGGGGAUGGAACUUAUCGGCGAAAUGUCCGCUGCUCACGGGGACCUGAUGAAGGCAGACUCUCGUCUUAAUAAAAUUAAGAAGGAGUUCAACAAAUCAGGCUCGAGGCCAAUUGAGUUUGCUUCCAUAGGGCCACUCCAACAAAAGGAGAUAGAGAGAGGCGAAGAAGAGUCAGACCGGCUGAGGCGAAAGCUUGCUCAGAUUUACCCCAGACUCCAGGCCGAGCUCGACUCAUACUUGAGAACAUCGGCGAAUCCUGUUACUCGACCAGGGACGCCCAAGGGCAUUCGAAACGAAUCGGACCUCGAACCACGGUUGUCGGAGCUGCGCCAAUCGAUACUUAGAUCAGGGGAGAGUGGCCUACAAAAUGAGGUCACGGCGCUGCAGGAGGCCAUCAACGAGGAAAAACAAAGGAAGCAGGCCUUGGCAGACGAACUCGAGGCACAAAAGAGAAAAAACCAGUCCCUGGAGGAUAGGGUCAGCACACUCGAGGUCAUGUUCAAAACAAUUCAACCUGCUGUGGAAGUGCAAAUAUCCUCGGAAAUCCAUAAACAAAUCAGUCCCAGGAUAACGAGCUUGGAAGACAAUCUUAACAAGGGUCUAUCGAAUAAUGCUGAGGCGACCAAGCAGCUUCAAAGACUUAUAGAUGGCCACACGGAACAACUAGCCACUCUGACUAGUAAACGUUCAGCCGACCUUGUGGCAAGCCCGAGCAGCACAACAGUCGCUCAAACAGCGAUACCCAACGCCACAGCAGAAACGAUUCGACUCCGGGACACUCUCGAAGUUCAAGUACGGAAUAUCAAUUUCAUGCAGAAAGAGAAGCUAGAACCAACGUUAUCGAAAAUUCGAGAUCUCGAAAGGGCUGUGGAGCAGUCUUCGCAAGAUUCCCAACAGGCAAAGAGACUUGUCAAGAUCCAAUCCUCUAUGGCCGAAGAUUAUAAAAAGAAGCAACGUUCUUUGGAGGAGAAGUUCUCAACCUUCGAAAACGCUGCUCGUGACCAGGCCAAGAAGCAUAGUGACCUAGACGCUACCUUCACUCGCUUGUACUCUGAACAGGUUGAGGAAAACAGGGCACGAGAUAUUACCAUUGCCAGCCUGAAAUCCAGCACAGAAAGUUUCCGAAAAAAGACAGAGUCGCUCGAGACCAACGUUGCCUCCUUGGGCGCAUCAAUAAAAGAAAAACUGCAGACCGAGGAAGGCCAGGCAUCGAACUUGGCUCAAUUGCAGUCGGCCGUAAAUCAGCAGCAGAAGAGAACUGACGAUUUGGGUCAGAAAGUCAACUCAGACUUAGCUCAGCUAAAGUCAACUGUAAAUCAGCAGCAAAAAAGAGCCGACGAUUUGGGCCAGAAACUUGCCUCUGUAUCGUCCGCCUCUACAGUCCAGGCAUCAGAGCUAUCCUCUCUGCAAUCGUCUAUCGCAAAGCAGCAUAGCAGGAGCAGCCUACUCGAAAAGAAUGUUACUUCCCUGAAAAGCGAAAUUACAAAACGGUCGCCUGAAGAUUUCGAGAAGCUUAAUGCGAUAAUUCAAGAGUAUCCGCCUGCUGCCGAUCUCAAAUGCAUUGUGGCGGACUUUCCGUCAAGCAAAGAUAUCAAGAUGCUUAUCGCCGAUGUGCUAGAAUUGAGAGAAUCUGUGUCGAAAUUGAAAGCAGGCAAGACCCCGACUCCGCCUCCGCCCAACCCUACUUCUUCAACGACCAAUGAGACGAUAACGCAUGUUGUUGAAGACAAGAUUAUGCAGCUGGACAUUGCCACAAAGGAGGAGAUGUACAAGCUGUUUGAGGACUUAUUCAAAAAACUAAGUCAUAAUAAUGAAGAGUGCACAAAACAAUCGUUCGCGGAUGUCAACAAAAAGUUGGAGAAGAGCAAAGAGCAGACGGAAAUGGUCAAAAAGGCCGGCGAGAGCCUACGAAAACGUUGCAACGAGCAGACCGCCUCAUUCGAAAAGGAGAUUAAUCAGUUACUUCAAGAGGCCAAUGCGUUUCGCAGUUCGGUGAACAGCGAGCUCGAAGAUGUUGAGUUUCGGAUACAAGCGAUGGAUAGCUGGAAGAAUAACUUGAGCAGCAAGAAAUGGUACGACAAUCUGUCCCAGCACGUCGUAAACUAUGCGGCCAAUCAAUUGGCAAAUCUCUCUGCACGGAUUAGCACCCUUGAAUGCAUAUAUGACGACCCGGAGGGCUCGAACAAGAGACGCAGAACAGGCAGUAGUAAUCCCCCCCGUCGAGGAACGGCGCUCCUUAGAUCAGAUGUUGUAUGA